GUCACGUGGGAGCGGCGCGGCGGAGCGGAGGCGGCGCUGGCGCGGAGCUGCGCAGGCGCGGGGCCUGCCCCUGGGACCCUCGGGCCGGGUGGCUCCGGUCCCUCGGUUCCCAGGCGUCGGGCGCUAGAGCGGGCAGAUAGAAGGGAGGCACUUGCGAAAUGUCUUUCCUCCAGGACCCAAGUUUCUUCACCAUGGGAAUGUGGUCCAUUGGUGCAGGAGCCCUGGGGGCUGCUGCCUUGGCACUGCUCCUGGCCAACACAGACGUGUUUCUGUCCAAGCCCCAGAAAGCGGCGCUGGAGUAUCUGGAGGAUAUAGACCUGAAAACACUGGAGAAGGAACCAAAGACUUUCAAAGCAAAGAAGCUCUGGGAGAAAAAUGGAGCUGUGAUUAUGGCUGUGCGCAGGCCAGGCUGUUUCCUCUGUCGAGAGGAGGCUGCGGACCUGUCCUCCUUGAAACCCAAGCUGGAUGAACUGGGUGUCCCCCUCUAUGCAGUAGUGAAGGAGCAGAUCAAGACUGAAGUGAAGGAUUUCCAGCCUUAUUUCAAAGGGGAAAUCUUCCUGGAUGAGAAGAAAAAGUUUUAUGGUCCACAAAGGCGGAAGAUGAUGUUCAUGGGAUUUAUUCGUCUGGGAGUGUGGUACAACUUCUUCCGGGCCUGGAAUGGAGGUUUCUCUGGAAACCUGGAAGGUGAAGGUUUCAUCCUCGGGGGAGUUUUUGUGGUGGGAUCAGGAAAGCAGGGCAUUCUUCUCGAGCACCGAGAAAAAGAAUUUGGAGAUAAAGUAAACCCACUUUCUGUUCUGGAAGCUGCUAAGAAGAUCAAACCACAGACUUUGGCCUCAGAGAAAAAAUGAUCAUGUGAAACUGCCCCAGCUCAGGGAUAACUAGGGGCAUUCACCUGUGUUCACGGGAUGUGUUUGUGUCCCUAAGGAGCUAGAAACCCACUAAUACCAAAUGCUCAUAUGGCUCAUUAAUAUAUUGGGCAAACAACCCCAAAACAACACUGACAAAAAUCUAAGAAACUAGUAUAGGUUAUUUCAGCUAAAACCUAGAAAAUCCAAGGCUUAAAAUUGACUGCUGCACUUCAUUACAAAUGUGUAUGGUAUUUUUUUUUUUUUGAGGUGGAGUCUCACUCUGUCGCCCAGACUGGAG